AUGGAGGGUGGUGAUGGCGGCGGCGGCGGCGGCGGCGGGGGGCGCAGCCCCGGUCACUGUCCGGCCUUGGCGCUCCGCGGGGCCCUGAUGGCCGUCGGCGGUGGAGGCCGGCUUCUGGCGGCGCGGUACAAGGAGGCCGGUGAUGAUAGUCUCUUCACGUAUGAUUGCAUCAAUGCGGAGAAGACCUUAGGAAAUAAUGGACAGGAUGAAAACCCAAGAGAUAAAGGAAGUGAUGACAUCCUGGCUUUUGCCUUUUCCCCAUCAGGAGAUUAUUUUGCCUUGACAGAUGACAGCAAACGUCUGAUUCUGUUCCAUACAAAGCCUUCCUGGGAAUGCGUUAGCGUUAGGUCCGUGAAAAGGAGAUGCACUUCCCUGAUUAUUACAGCUGCAGAUGAUAAGAUUUUGAUUGCAGACAAGUCUGGUGAUGUCUAUUCUUACUCAAUAACAGAACCCCAAGCAGAAGGAAAACUUGAGCUGGGUCACUUAUCUUUGCUAUUGGAUGUGGCACUGAGUGCUGAUGACCAGUAUAUCCUAACUGCAGACAGAGAUGAGAAGAUCAGAGUCAGCUUGGCAAAGGCUCCUUAUUAUAUUGUGUCCUACUGUCUGGGACACAAAGAGUUUGUAAGCAAAAUACUUGUAAUACCCAACUAUCCUGAUCUGCUGUUGUCAGCUUCUGGGGACUCAACUCUGAGACUUUGGGAGUACAAAAGCGGGGAAGAAGUGUACUGCUGUCAUCUAAGUACCAUCUGUGGGCCUGAGACAACCAAAGCUGACCAGAAAUACCCUGUGUCAAGAAUAACCUACUGCUGUGAAGGUAGUUAUGUUGCCAUUCUAUGUGAUCGUAUUCCCGCAGUCUACGUCUUUCAGCUUGAUGCCAUUGCCCAGCAGCUAGUUUACAGACAGCAAAUCUCUUUGAAACAUAAAGUUUGGGACAUUGCAUUUGAGGAAACAGGAGAUCUAUGGAUUUUGGAGGAAGACAGGGAAGUUCCUCUUCAAUUGUACAGACCGUGUGAUGGACAAUGGAAGCCUGUAACUGAUGACAAAGGAUUACAGAAGAUGUCAAAGUAUCUUCAAGACAACUGGACGGUGUUUGAAGGUUUUGUUGGUGCAGAGAGACACUACAGCAGUCUCUACAAGGCCUCCUUUGAUAACAUGGCCGACUACCUACAGAGGCAAGAGGAAAGGAUAAAGCAACAGAAAAAGAAAAGGCAGGAGGAUCUGCAGCGUGGUUCGAAUGGAGAAACAAAAAAGAUGAAGACUGAAGAAUCAUCACUAUGACAUUGUUGUUAGCUUGUAACCUUCGCCUUGCUGAAAGGAACUGAUCCAACUGUGGACUGUUUUUAAAUGUAAAAUGAAUUAUGGAAGAAGACUGGUUUAAACUUCUAUUCAGAUUCAGGCUUUCAGGUAGCCUGGUAUGAAAAUAUCCUGCUUGCAGCCGAUAAUGCAUUUACAACAGGCCUAAGCUUCUAGCAGCAUACAAGUGUUAGCGGUUCAGUCCUAGGAAUCUCUAAUGCAUGAUAUAUGAAUAUUGGAGAUGGUAUUUUCCUCGAAACAGGAUUUUCUUUUUGCCUACUGUGUUCAGGCUUUCUUCUUCAGGUGGAAGUGCACAGGCUAAAGUUGACAUGACUUUUUUGUUCAUUUCUUUUGGUUCAGGUAGGGUUUUUUUAAACUUUUUAAAAAGUCUGUUAGUUAAUGUAACUAACUUAGUGUACAUGGCUAUUGGAAAGGGAAUGUAGCAAAAUUCUUGCUGUAUAUGAAAGGUUUUAGCUGAGACUUCACCAUCUCUGUUUUUACCCUUUACCUUCAGUUUAUGUGGUAGGGAUUCUGCUCAGUUUCUAAUCCAUUGCUUUUUACUUGUGGCAUAUUUCUAUAGGAAGAAGUGCAAAAAUAGAUUUUUAUACACUGGAAAGUAAAAGUAAAAUGUGUCAUUCAACUUUGUUAUUGGAAGAUUCUUCUAUUGCAAUAUGAUCCUAGUGUGUCUGUGAAAAUGGUUUGAGCGCCUUAUGUGCAGAACUUGGAGAGCAUUCUGCUUCUUUCAACAGGAACUCUUUCAUGUUGCAAUUAGCCAAGAAAUACAUCUUUUUGAAAAGUUAUCAGUAAGAGCCUUAUGGGAUCACUUUUUGCUUCAUCAUGGGGCAGAAGAAAUGCGUUUAUCUACCAGAUGGCAUCAUGUCUAUAUGGAAUAUAAUGUAAUUCAUAAAACCAGAUGUAGAAAUCUGUACAAUCCAUUAAAAGUAUUCAGAAUUAGCCCAUGAACCAUGAA